AUAAAUAAAAUCUCUUUUCGGUUUUUUGAUUUCUAACCGAAAACUAUCAUUACCCACUCAGCAUGCUUGUUAAUCAUCUUUUCUCUGUACCGUCAUCCAUUAUUAGAACCUCUCCUUUCUUCGCAGCUUCAAACUCAAGAAAGGAAAAAUCCACUUCGUACUCAUUACCUGGCCUCUCAUCAAAUCGGUCACUUUAUCCUACCAAAGAAACAAUCAUUUACCGCCACCCCAUCUUUUCUCUUUCGUUUUCUUCAGAUGCUGGACGAUAAUAAUGGAUUAAGAAUUUCGGGUCAUGGCGUCUGUGGUUCUGAGAGAUAAAAAAAGUACUAGAAAUUUGUGGAGGGAGUCUGAGUUCAUGAACAUGAGGUGUUUCUGGGUCAGUUUCUUUCUGUUCUGCGGCUUAUGGGUUAUUGGUUUCUGUGACCAAGACGGUUUCUUGAGUAUAUCUUGCGGUGGAACUACCACGUAUACUGAUUCAUCCAACAUAUCAUGGGUCCCGGACGGUGAAUAUGUAAGCACAGGUAACAUCAGUACCUCCUCGUCUGGAGAUCCAAUCCGGGUUUUCCCAGAUAUUGAAGGUCGCAAGUGUUAUAGAAUCCCAGUAAAUAAUGCUUCCUCGUUGAUACUCGUAAGGGCACAAUUCCUGUACAAAAACUACGAUGGAAGUGGGAAACCCCCAGCAUUCUCUGUUUCUCUUGGGACAGCUAUUACUAGCACCAUAAACCUCACCACUAAUGAUCCUUGGACAGAAGAGUUUCUAUGGCCAGUUAAUAAGGACACGCUGUCCUUCUGUUUGCAUGCCAUUCCAGAAGGUGGAUCUCCUGUCAUUUCUUCUCUUGAAGUACGACCACUGCCUCAAGGAGCUUAUGCAAUUGGCAUUGGAGAUUUUCCCAAUAAGUCACUUAGAAAGAGUUAUAGAAUCAAUUGUGGUUUUGCCAAUGGCUCCUUGCGGUAUCCUGUGGAUCCAUAUGAUCGUAUAUGGGAUAAUGAUCAAAACUUUAUGCCACUUCACCUGUCAACGGGGUUUACCAUUCAACGAAGCUUAGAUCUGUCUAGUUUAAGGGAGGCUCCCCCUGCUGCUGUGCUUCAAAGUGCACGUGUUUUGGCAAGAAGAAAUGUGUUGACAUAUAACCUUCCUCUCGACACCCUUGGUGACUACAGCAUUUUCCUCUAUUUUGCCGGGAUUCUUCCUGUGUCCCCUACAUUUGACGUAUUCAUUAACGGAGAUGUUGUGAAAUCGAACUAUACUGUAAAGAUAUCAAAUGUUAGUGCUCUAUAUAUUACACAGAAGGGGAUUAAGAGCUUGAACCUUACACUGAAGAGUAUUACUUACUAUCCUCAAAUCAAUGCAAUUGAGGUGUAUGAGAUAGUUGAUAUUCCACCGGAAGCUUCCUCAACCACAGUUUCAGCACUUCAGGUCAUUGAGCAGUCCACUGGUUUAAAUCUGGGAUGGCAAGAUGAUCCGUGCUCUCCUUCAGCAUGGGACCAUAUUGGUUGCGAAGGAAGUCUUGUUACAUCAUUGGACCUUUCAGACAUCAACCUGAGGUCAAUCAGUCCAACAUUUGGUGACUUGUUGGAUCUUAAAACACUGGAUCUGCAUAACACUUCCCUUACUGGCGAGAUACAGAACUUGGGUAGCUUGCAAGAGCUUGAGAAAUUGAACCUGAGUUUCAAUGAGCUAACUUCCUUUGGUUCGGAUUUGGACACCUUGGUUGGCCUUCGCAUUCUGGACUUGCAAAAUAAUAGUUUACAGGGAAUAGUUCCUGAUAGCUUGGGAGAGUUGGUGGACCUUCACUUAUUGAAUCUGGAGAACAACAAACUACAAGGUACCCUACCAGAGUCUUUGAACAGAGAAACUUUGGAAAUUAGAACGUCAGGGAAUUUGUGCCUUUCCUUCUCCACAAUGACAUGCAGUGGCGUUUCAUCCAACCCUUCAAUUGAGACACCGCAAGUUACUAUAUUGCCCCAAAAGAAGCACACUGGACAUGAUCAUAUAGCAAUUAUAGCUGGGGCAACUGGUGGAGCCAUACUUGCACUUCUCUUCUUUUCGAUUAUACUUUUCAUCUGCAUAAAGAAAAAGAGAACUGAAGUCACAUAUACAUCAAGGUCUACAACAGAAAUGCGAAACUGGAAUGCAGCAAAAGUCUUUUCCUACAAAGAAAUCAAAGCAGCUACAAACAAAUUUAAGGAGGUUAUAGGCCGUGGUAGUUUCGGAUCUGUUUACCUUGGAAAGCUUCCUGAUGGUAAAUUAGUUGCUGUGAAAGUGCGGUUUGAUAAAAGCCAACUUGGGGCUGAUUCGUUUAUCAAUGAGGUCUAUAUUUUGUCACAAAUUCGCCAUCAAAAUCUUGUAUGUUUGGAAGGAUUCUGUCAUGAAUCACAGAAGCAAAUACUAGUCUAUGAGUAUCUACCUGGAGGGUUAUUGGCUGAUUGCCUUUACGGUCCAAUCAGUAAAAAAGCUUCAUUAAGCUGGGUUCGCAGACUGAAAAUUGUUAUUGAUGCUGCGACAGGAUUGGACUAUUUACACAAUGCAAAUGAACCACGAAUCAUACAUCGUGAUGUGAAGUGCAGCAAUAUUCUUUUGGAUGAGGAAAUGAAUGCCAAGGUCUGUGACUUUGGCCUCUCUAAACAGAUAACCCAGGCAGAUGCAACUCAUGUUACAACUGUUGUCAAGGGCACUGCUGGAUAUUUAGAUCCAGAAUAUUAUUCCACCCAACAGCUAACCGAGAAGAGUGACGUGUACAGCUUUGGGGUUGUUCUCUUGGAGAUCAUGUGUGGGAGAGAACCUUUGAGUCACUCGGGAACUCCAGACUCAUUCAAUCUGGUGUUAUGGGCCAAGCCCUAUUUACAGGCAGGGGCAUUUGAGAUUGUUGAUGAGAGCCUAAUGGGAACUUUUGACGUGGAGAGCAUGAGAAAGGCAGCCUUAAUUGCUGUGAGGUCAGUAGAGAGAGAUGCAUCUCAAAGACCAACGAUUGCUGAGGUUUUGGCAGAACUGAAAGAAGCCUACAGCAUUCAGCUCUCUUAUCUCGCAUCUCAUGAACAUGCCAACUGAUUUCUAGUGAAUACAGCUCUGAAGUAUUUAUCCUAAAACCAAGACUUUUUUCUUUUCUUUUUCAUUUUUUCUAAGGUUUGUAAAAAUAGAGUCAGGCUCGGUCGAGUUGAAGUAUUACUACUCAAGAAAUGCUGGUAAAGUUAAGACGCUUGGAAACUUUUUGGCGAUUAUUUAUGGAGAUAUGUAUAUCCAUCUUGAUAAUAGCAGCACUGAAGACUCUUUGUUUUCUGCAA